GUCCCGUGCCUGCAGGGCGGACACUACCGGGGGAAGAAGCAGCCGGAUGGCGGCGUGUUUUGUACCGUAAUCAAACCGCGUCGUUGGUCGUUUUAUCCGGAUGAGACUCGACCGUCCGACCAUGGCUCAUCUCACUGAAAACCCCGCGGACAAAGACAGGUUCAUCUGCGUUUAUCCGAUCUACAUCAACAGUAAGAAGACUCUGGCUGAAGGACGAAGGAUCCCAGCAGAGAAGGCAGUGGAGAAUCCGUCCUGCGCUGAGAUCAGAGACGUGCUGAUGGCUGCCGGGCUGAAUGUCUACGUGGAGAACAAAAUGCAUCCAAGAGAGUGGAACCGAGACGUGCAGUUCAGAGGGCGAGUCAGAGUUCAGGUGAAGGAGGAAGACGGAAGCUUCUGUAUGGACAAGUUUACGUCCCGUAGAGAGGUGAUGUUCUACGUAGCAGAGAUGAUCCCUAAACUAAAGACCCGGACUCAGAAGAGUGGAGGAGGAGACGCCAGCGCUCAGCAGGGAGAGGGAGGCAAGAAGAGCAAGAAGAAGAAGAAAUAGAAACAAUAAACCACCGCUUUUCCUUUUUAAUUAUGACGUCGGAAUCUGAACUAUUUCCUGUUUUCCUUCUUUGGGGUUUUAGUUCUAAUCUGAAUGUGGUUCAUCUGUUUCCUCUUCAAACCUUUAUAUUAUUUAGUUGUGUCGCUUUUGAAGACAUGAAUAAAAUAAUCUUUAUUCAUCCUUUUUUACAGCGUCACUUUGUAUUUCAGACAUUAAUAAACGAAUGAGAUUA